AUGGAGAACAAAUUGAGCAAAUGGGAUUUCAAGAAUGGGAAUAUCAAAGAGAAAUCUUUGCUUUCAAUACGACCAGCUCUCAAAACAAUAAUGGAAAAUCUCAAAGAAGAAGAAGAAGAGGGGUCAAAGCCACUCAUUCAUCUUGGUCGUGGUGACCCUUCAUCAAUCCCUUGUUUUCGAACUUCUCCAGUAACUGAAGAUGCUAUUUUUAGUGCAGUUCGAUCUGCUAAGUUCAAUGGUUACCCCCCUGCUGUUGGCCUUCCUUCAACAAGAAGGUCGAUAGCGGAAUAUCUCUCUCAUGAUCUUCCUCACCAACUAUCACCAGAUGAUAUUUUCCUUACAGCUGGUGCUAAUCAAGCAAUUGAAGUUGUAACGGCAGUCCUUGCUCGCCCUGGUGCCAACAUAUUGCUUCCUAAACCAGGGUAUCCAUUUUACGAAGCUCGUGCUGCAUGUAGUAAUGUUGAGGUCCGCCAUUUUGACCUUCUCCCUGAAAAGAGCUGGGAGGUUGAUCUUGAAAGCGUAAAAGCCCUUGUUGAUGAUCACACCAUUGCCAUAGUUAUCAUUAAUCCUGGAAAUCCUUGCGGAAAUGUUUUUACAUCUGAACACUUGCAAGAGAUUGCGGAAACAGCAAAAAAGCUAGGAAUCCUAGUGAUUGCAGAUGAAGUCUAUAGCCACCUAUGUUUUGGUAGCAAGCCUUUUGUGCCAAUGGGAGUAUUUGGAUCGAUAACUCCGAUUUUAACUCUGGGAUCAAUAUCAAAAAGAUGGAUAAUUCCUGGUUGGCGACUUGGUUGGAUAGCAAUGGUUGAUCCUAGUGGUGUCCUUGAGAAGUCUGGGAAAAAGUGA